AUGGUAAAAACGAGACGACCGAAAAGAUCAAGGAGGGAUGCCAUGAGUGGUGUACUUAAUAUAGAAGAAGAUCCCGAAUUUCAAGCCCUAAUACUGAAUAUUGUUCGACUACUGGAUGCAAUGCCCGAAGCAGGUUGAGGGAAAUCCUUGUUAGGGGAAACAGGCAGACUCCUACAGGAGUUACUUUAAUUAUCUGAA